UCGUUUCAGUAAAGUCCACUGCUCUCCGUCCUCAAGCCUCCACGUGCGCAAAAUUCCCACCAAUCACAGCCUUCAGAGUCAGUGGGUUCAGUAACGGACCAAUAGGAAUGCGAGUCGUGUUGUUGAGGCUCAGGAAUGUUUGUCGUCAACAACUGCUGGGUUUCGUUUCGCAUCAGCUGGAGCUGUUGGCGGGUGACAAGAAGAAUUCCCGAGGCUGUUCAUCAAUUCUUCUGCAGCUAACGGCUGUGAAAACCGUCGGUAUGGCCACGGCGCAGUCGGUGCUGCUGCUCGCAGUUCACGUUCUCCUCAUCUCGGAGUUCAUCCUGGCCAAGAGGGACUACUAUGAGAUCCUGGGGGUGCCCAGAGACGCCACGGAGCGCCAGAUCAAGAAGGCUUUCCACAAGCUGGCUCUGAAGUAUCACCCCGACAGGAACAAGGGCGCAGACGCAGAGGCGAAGUUCAGAGAAGUAGCAGAAGCUUAUGAAACGUUAUCGGAUGAUAAGAGGCGGCGAGAGUAUGACCAGUUUGGCCCCUCUGCCUCAUCAGGAGAAGCCUACCGAGGAAGUAGAGGAGGCGGCGGCGACGACUACAACUUCAGACAGCACUACCAGUCCUUCAACUUCAAAUUCGACGACAUCUUCAAAGACUUUGACCCGUUCGGUCAACAGCACCAGCAGCACUUCCACUCGCAUCAUCAGUCGCACCAAAAGAGACACUUUGACAGCCACUUCCAGGCUCACAAGGAGGCGAUGAACCGGCAGCGGAGAAGCUUCGGCGGAGGAAUGUUCGACGACAUGUUCGAGGACUUGGAGAAGAUGUUCUCCUUCAACAGCCACACUUCCAGGACUGAGAGCAGAUUUCAAGGCUCGGCCAAGCAGCACUGCAGGACGGUGACUCAGCGCAGGGGGAACAUGGUGACCACCUUCACUGACUGCUCCUGAGACGAGACGAAGGAUGAAGAAAAAAAAAAAGUAAACAUGUUGGGAAGCUGCACAACUUUUAGUUGCGGUGUUGAAAUCGAAUUGAAUGCUAAUUUAUCUCUUGGUGUGGCUUUUGUAACUCGUGUUUUUUUGUUUGUUUUUUUUUCCCAGCAAAUAUCCAAGCUGGUCAAAUUAGUGGCUGUUCUGAAGCAAUAACAAAUCCACAUUUUUGAUUAUAGCAUGGGAAUAAGUCUUAGGACCAUUCAAAACCC